AUGCCGGCUCCGCUGGUCGAAGGGGCCGAGGUGGGCGCUGGCCGCUGUCCCCUCGCCGGUGGUGCCAAGGUCCAGGUGAGACGGCCACGCAGAGCGCCAGCGCCGGCGCGCGGUGAAGUCGCUCUUAUUGUUAUUCCAGCUCCAGCGUUCUAUGAGCGCCGGUCUUGUCUCCCCCAGCUAGACUGUGAGCGCCCCCAUGGCAGGGACCUGGACUCCCACUUCUUCGGCAUUCGGCCGACGUUUAUGUGCUAUGUGCCCAGUCCGGUGCUAGCUUCCGUGGGAGACACAGAUGAUAAACUUGAAGAACUUGAAGAGGCAAACCCAUUCUCCUUUAAAGAGUUUCUGAAAACCAAGAACCUCAGCCUGUCGAAAGACGACACGGCCAACAGACUUUACUCAAAGGAAGCCACAAGGCACUCGCUGGGGCUCAACUGCAGCUCCCCAACCUCCCAGACCGCGGGGUUCGGCCUGGAAUACCAGCAGCCGUUUUUCGAAGACCCGACGGGGGCUGGCGACCUCCUGGACGAGGAUGAGGACGAGGACGACGGGUGGAAUGGGGCCUACCUGCCGUCCGCUGUGGAGCAGACGCACUCGUCGAGGGUGGCCGCCAGCACGUCACCCUGCAGCACCUACAUCUCCUUCUUCUCCAGCCCGUCAGAGCUGGUGGGGCCUGAGUCGCUGCCGCCGUGGACACUGAGUGACUCUGACUCGCGCGUCUCUGCGGCGGGCAGCCCCAGCGCUGACUUUGCAGCCCACGGAGAGUCUCUGGGGGACAGGCACCUUCGGACGCUGCAGAUAAGUUACGAAGCACUGAAAGAUGAGAACUCUAAGCUGAGGAGAAAGCUGACUGAGGUCCAGAGCUUCUCGGAGACGCAAACAGAAAUGGUCAGGACGCUGGAGCGGAAACUGGAAGCGAAGAUGCUGAAGGAGGAGAGCGACUACCACGACCUGGAGUCGGUGGUGCAGCAGGCGGAGCAGAACCUGGAGCUGAUGACCAAACGGGCUGUAAAGGCAGAAAAUCACGUCAUGAAACUCAAACAAGAAAUGAGCUUGCUUCAGGCACAGGUCUCCACUUUCAAGCGCGAGAACGAGGCCCUGCGCUGCGGCCAGGGCGCCAGCCUGACGGUGGUCAAGCAGAACACGGAGGUGGCCCUGCAGAACCUCCGCAUGGUCAUGAACAGCGCGCACAGCUCAAUAAAGCAGUUGGUGUCUGGAGCGGAAACGUUGAAUCUCGUUGCUGAAAUCCUUAAAUCUAUAGACAGAAUUUCUGAAAUUAAAGACCAGGAGGAGGCUUGAGGACCGCCCGGAGCUUCCAGCUCACAGCACCGACGUUCCGCAGUCACUACUCACUGGAUUUUAGAUGCCAUUGUGUCUUAAAUAUGCAGUCUUCACCCACAGUAAAGAUAUUUAUCAUGAGAUGCUAAUUUCAUGACCCCGAACAGUAUUAUUAGCCAGCCCCGAGGAGUGGCUCCCACGCGCAAGGGUCGCACCUGGGGGCCAGCGCAGCCCUGUGGUGCACCCCCGCCGUCCCGCAGACUAAUGCUGUCUUGGAAGACGUUUUUAUAAAAACCACCGAGUUUUUAAGUUACUGAACGUGGAAACAGCAGAUCUGUGAUGCGUGGUUUCCAUUCUUAUUCCAGAACAUUCAUUGUACGAUAAGUUCAGUUGAUCAGUCUUUAUUUCAUAAAUUGAGAAAAACACUAAAUAAGCUAGAAUUCAAAUGGUUGCCUUGGACAGGGACUUGUGCCUUUUCGUCAUCGCUCAGUGCUCCCUCUGGCUCACGGUCCACUCCUGCGGCCUUAACAGGUGGCUCCUGCGGUGGGCGGCCUGAGCAUGGACGCCCCACGCAUCAGACGCUGCGGUCCUCCCAUAGGGACCAGCCAGCACGGGCUCCGCACUGUGACGCCGUCUCCGUGCACCUGUGCUGGGGCCUUCAGAUCUGAAACCUGCUUCAGCUGGAAGGUUUCAGGCACGCUUUUCAAGUGGCCUUCUGUACGAUGAAGUUUGGGAUUCGGGAAUGGGAGGCGCCGAGCCAGCCAGGUUAGCUCCCAGUCUCCCAGGCCACCUUUCCAAGCGCUUUAUAACGUGGGGAGGCCUGGUACACACUGUGCCUUUUUGGUUAUUUUCCUGUAGAUGUUAUUUUUUAAGAUAAAUUUUCCUUCUUGUUCACAUUGACAGUUUUCUUAUUUAAUAAAUUCUAAAAUUCA